AUGCUGGUAGCUGAAUUGAAAUCAGAAAAGGGCGUGGAGAAGAAAUACAUAAUAAAGCAGGUUGAAUGCAUUGAAGAAAAGCAAGCAAAUGAGGCCUUGAAGGAGGCAAAGGAUUUACUAAAACUUCAUCAUUCAAACAUCUGUGCUUACAAGGAAUUGUUUGUGACUUGGGAUAAUGAGAUAUCAUCUGUGUUCCUUUGUCUGGUGAUGCAGCACUUGGGCCAUGGAGAUCUUUCAUCUGUAAUCAAGGAAAAAAGGCAGAAGUCAGAAAAAAUAACAGACAUGGUGAUUCUGAAGUUCCUGGGGCAGAUGGUGGAUGCUUUGUUUUAUAUACACAAACAAAAUAUUAUACACAGAAAUCUCAAGCCAUCAAACAUACUUGUGACUGAUGAAGCAUCCUUCAUGCUUAGUGACUUCAGUACAGAAACACUUAUGACAGAUGAGAUGAAAUGGAAAAUAAGAGUGGAAGAAAAUAGCAAGACUUGGAUGGCUCCAGAAACAUUUGGUUUUUCUUUUACUGAGAAAUCUGACAUCUGGUCUCUGGGUUGUAUUCUGCUUGACAUGACGACCUGUUUUGUUCUGAAUGCAGAGGAGAUAACUUCAUUGCUGCAGGAUAUUAGACAGGAUACCAGACAUCUUGAGGAAGCCCUGACACUAAUGCCAAGUGGAGAUAACAGCUCUUUGCCUCUAUUUCCGAUUUUAUUUAUGAUGCUACAGAUUCAGCCCAGCAUGAGACCCACAACAAAGGAUCUGACUGAUGUUCCAUUUAUUAGGGAAUGCCUGACUCUUGCUGGUGCCUCUUCAGUAAAACUGAAAAAGUCUUUGCCUCCCAAAAUAAUAGAUGUGCUACUUGAGGGAGGAAUCGAAAGUGUUCUAGAAUUCAUGCAGGCUUUCUGGGAUGUAGAAGAAGCACAGGCUAAAGCCAUUCAGCUCCUUGCCAGCUUUGUAAGAGACAAAAGUGCCUUGCCCUAUCUGCUAAUGUUCACAGAAUUGAUCACUUUUGCCAUGAAGACUCAUGUACAUUCUCUCAAGUUACAAGUAGAUGGUUGCAGUUUAUUACUUGAAAUUCUUAGUCAAGGUAAGGAUGUGGUGAUGGCCCUGUAUGAGAAUGUGGCCAGCUCUCUGUUAGAGGCACUGAGAAAACACUCUGAAAAUGAAGAGUUACUUUCGUUGGUCUGCACGUUACUGAUGAUGACUUCAGCCAGUGAAGCUGCUGCGGAGAAUCUAAGGAAAGCUGGAGUAAUUCCAGACCUUCUGUCAGUUUUAAGAAAUUUUCUUCAUAAUGAACAGAUCUGCCUCUCUUGCUGUGGAGUUCUCUGGAGCUUGGCUGUGAGUGGUAAUUCAGAGAAUAAUGUAGACCAAGCAUUGCUGAGAAGUGCUGUCCCUGUUACCUCCGCGGUCCUUCAGGAGCACCUCCAGAAUGGAACAGUGGCAGAGUCUGCCUGCUCAGCUCUAUGGGCAUUGUCACUCCAAGGUUGCUUAACUGAAAAUCAAUGUGAGACUGCAACUGCACUUCUGCUGGAUGCACUCAGGAUAAACCCUGAAAGACCAGUGCUGGUGAAUAAUGCCUGCCUGGCAUUAGCAAGCCUUCUAAGGCUAUCUGAAAUAGCAGCUUUGAGAUUUAUAACUGAUUCAAAAGGCAGUGGAAUAAACCUGAUCCAAUAUGCCUACCGCCUUCACUUUGAUGAUCCAGAAGUGGUGGAAAAUAUCUGUGUGCUGAUCAAUGAGAUGGUUCAGUAUGAUGAUGUUGUGCUGGAUAUGCUGUCCCAGAAAAUGGAAGAAUUGCUGUCUGAAAUAAAAAUCCGUUUUCCAUCUAACGUGGAGAUAAUGACCCUUGUGGAUGCAACGCUUGUGAAACUGCGCAAGUAA